AUAAAACCCAAAAAGUAACUACCUACUCCUUCCUAUAUAACCCUCAACCCAUUUCACUUCACACCACAACCUUAAUCAAUCCACUCUCUGUCUCUCCCUCUGUUCCUCAAAAUACACACAAAUUUACGUAUAUCUAGACUAGAUGGGUUUCAAUGAUUUUUGUAGCACCGGCCUUGUUUUGGGAUUAGGCUUUUCGUCUUCAUCGCCAGAUCAACCGUCAAAGAAACCGGCGGCUAGAAUCGCCGCUGCCGCCGCGUCUGUAGGAUUUCAGCCAGACUUGACUCUCAGCUUGUCCGGUGAAACCUUCGACCAGCAGACCGCCGCCGCUAAGAUGAUCGCAGUGUCGGGUUUGACCAUCAACAAGGCUGCCGUUGACCACUCCGCUGAUUUGUACCGACAGGACAGCGCGGCCUCCUCGUACUCCAACGUUAGCGUUAAGCGGGAGAGAGAGAGCGACGAAGGAGAGAUAGAAAGAGUUUCGCCGAGAGCCGUCAGCGAUGAAGAUGACGACGUCGCUAACGGCAGGAAGAAACUCCGUCUAUCUAAAGGACAGUCCGCGCUUUUAGAGGAAAGCUUUAAACAACAUAGCACUCUCAAUCCUAAACAAAAACAAGAUCUGGCAAGAGAACUCAAUCUCCGGCCCCGACAAGUCGAAGUCUGGUUCCAAAACAGGCGUGCCAGAACAAAGCUGAAGCAAACGGAAGUAGACUGCGAGUUUCUGAAGAAAUGCUGCGAGACGCUAACGGAGGAGAACCGGAGGUUACAGAAGGAGGUGCAAGAGCUGAAAGCGUUGAAGGUGUCGCAGCCGCCGCUGUAUAUGCAGCUGCCGGCGGCGACGCUGAGCAUGUGCCCGUCGUGUGAGAGGAUCGGCGGCGGCGGCUCAGCCGUGGAAACGUCCAAUAAGAAGAUCAACCCUUUUACGAUGAUGGCUCCCAAGCCUCAUUUCUUCAACCCAUUCACCCACCCAUCCGCUGCUUGUUAGUUGAUUUACGUGUUUAACCAGUCACCUAUUCCUAGCUAUAUACACAUAUAUUGCAUCACGAUCAUAUCUAUUUUAUAUUUAUUACUAUUAGUCUAUAUAUAUAAAUACGUCUGAUAUUUAUAUAGUGGAUAUACAUAGUACAUCUGAUCUGAAACGUACCCCCCAACCACCUUUUUUUGGUGAGGGCUUGUGAUCGUCCAAAAAUGGUUAAUUAUCAAUUAUUACUAGUAUGUAAGUAGAGACACGAAUUAGAGAUUACUAAUCAAUCUCUUUGUUUCUUUGUCAUAUAUGUUUUGUAAAUCAUAAUUAUUUAUUAAUAGAUUAUUGUCGUUGCUAUGAUUAUUAUAUAUGAUGGGUGAUUAAUUA